AUGGAGGAUUAUAGAGCCAAAGGACGCUUACAGGAUUCGGUUGUGUGGCCCGAGUUUCGUGCAUCUGAAAUUUUGGAAAUUUCAGGUCUGAGGCACUCUAUUGUCGGCGACGCCAUCAUCCGCAUCUUGGGGUAUCCCCUAGUCAUCAGCGAUUUGUACCUUGCUAUUGCAGAUGAGCAGCUUCAAGAUGCAUACUCUAUUCUACUUGAUAAUGGCUUCAACGACGUUCCGGGAGUUGAUCUAGCCUACCGAUACGAGCAUGCUAUAGAGAGUCCUGCUGGUUGGCCAGGGUACAGACUUGUGGUUGAUCCUUCAGCUCAGCUUCAAGCUACCAGGGUCAUGCUUGUGCCAGCAACCUUUUGGCAUCUCAACCUCGAGCCUGAGAGCUUCUCAGCAAACACUUUUCUGUUCCCUGAUUCACGUUGUCGAUUUCCCAGAAGAUUAUUCUAUCUUCAUGCACUGAUAGACGUCAUUUCGGAACGUGAUCAGAAAUCUGGGUUCAAUACCAAUAUUACUGGGUACUUCAAGCUUCAGUAUUCCUACCUCCUUGCUGUCAUCCCCAAGGACCUCAUAGCUCUUCUCUCAGAAGAAGAUAGAUUCUUUGUGGAUCUGUUUCAGAAGGUGCUUCUGCCAUCUGCAAGGAAGAAAGUUUGCUUGCAGCGGCAACAGAUUCGUAUGGGUUGUAUUACUGUUGAAGCUGCGAGACAAUCCAUACCAAGAAAAGAUUUGGCUCUGGCUGCUCUGAAACGCAAAUAUCAGAAGGGCACUAUCAACCUUGCGGAUAAUCCACCAUGUGGAUAG